UUUCAUGUUUCCUGUCGCGCAAUAAAUUUUACGCUCAGAUGUUGAUUUCUUAGUUAUUUUGGAGGGAAAAUGUUCGUGGAGAAACCCAAAGAAGAAAUAUACGAUGUCAUCAUCAACAAACGUGUUUUGGUUCUUGUAUCUAUUGACUUAGACUCCUUAUGUGCUUGCAAGAUUCUUCAGUGGCUGUUUAAAUGUGAUAAUGUGCAGUACACUAUCGUCCCUGUUAGUGGAAAAGAGGAUCUAGUGAAGGCCUAUCAUGAACACUCUGAACAGUUGAAGCAUAUAUUUUUGAUAAACUGUGGUGCAAAUUUGAACAUUCUGGAGAUACUGGAACCAGAGGAAGAUGUCAUGUUUUACAUUGCUGACAGUCACAGGCCCAUUGAUCUGGAUAAUAUUUAUAAUCAGGACCAGGUUAAGUUACUAAUGAAGGAAGGGGAACACCUCACAGUCCCUGACUUUGAUGAGAUUUAUGCUGACUCAGAGGAUGAAUUUGAAGACUCAGAUACUGAGGAAUCAGAACCCUCCUCAAAAAGAAGAAGAACAGGAGAUGAGGACUCUCCAGUAUCAAAGCGAAUGUCAAAAAGACAAUGGCACCAAAACAGACAAGAAAUUCUUUAUCAGUACUAUGCCUAUGCUUUCCAUGGAAGUUCAGCAUCCUUGGUUAUGUAUGAACUGGCUUGGAAAAUGAGUAAAGAUAGUAAUGACUUGCUAUGGUGGGCAGCAAUUGGAUUGACUCAUCAAUAUCUAUAUGAAAAAAUUGAUAGUGACAAGUACGUAACUGAUGCUCAAAAUCUCCAUGAACAUGUGAUGAGGCAUAAUCAUGGAACAGAUGAAAAUGGUUCUUCUGUGAACUGCAUGAAGAUUGUCUUUGAUACUGAACUGCGACUGUCAUUAUACAGACAUUGGUCUCUGUUUGACAGCAUCUGUAACUCCCGCUACACAGCCUGCAGGUUCAGGGUUUGGACAAUGAAAGGAAAAAAGAAACUUAAUGAAUUUCUUGCUGACAUGGGAAUCCCUCUUGUUCAGAGUAAGCAAAAAUUUCACAGCAUGGAUUUUGACUUGAGGAACAACCUAAAAGGAUGGGUUGAAACUUCUGCUGACAAAUUUGGGCUCGAUGAAAUGUCGUACGGAACAUUCCACGUUCAGUAUGGCUUCAAAAAUAAGCUUUGUGCAAGCGACGUUGUCUAUGCCGUUAAUGCUCUUUUGGAAGCUCCGGAAACGGAAGGGAUGAGCAAAUGGGAUCACUUUUUAGAGGCUCUAGAUGCUUUGUCCAGAUCAAAUACUGAGAAACUUCAAGAAGGUAUCAAGCUGGGAAAGAAGCAGUUGAUUGCCGUCGUGGAGCAAGUUAGAUCAUUGAUUGACAUGCAUCAAGUCAUGUGUGCAGGUCAUUUCCUCUAUUCACAUCUUAGAGAGGGUAUACCGGACUUGAACUUGUUUGGUAAGCCAGCUGUCUUAGGGGCGUUAGCUCGGUUCAUCCUCAACGCUUAUGUCGUGAUGUCCAAAAACAAGAAAGCAGCCGCUCUUCCUUUCGUUCUUGCAACGCCCUUGGACUCAGAGAAAGGGACUUGCUUACUAGUUGGCGUGCCUCCGAUUGCUGACGAUUCAGGCAAAAAUUUCUUGGGAAAAGCUUUUGAAAUGGCUGCGAGCAAAACAAAGUCUAGGACAAUUCACGACCACUUUGACCCAGCAGUGAUUGAAAUGAAGAGUGAAGACCGUGGAAAGUUCUUCGAUGCCCUAUCAGCUCUACUAAUACCAAAAUAAAACUAAAGUAUCUGUAGUCAUAGUCAAUCUUUCCCCUUUUUUCUCAUGAUUUUUUUGUUAUCUGUCUGAAUUCUUAAGGCUUGGAUAUUCACUGAGCGAAUUCCUGCAGACCUGCUAACUGAAGUGGGUCACUAAAAAGAAAGGAAAGGUUGAAAUGACUUAAUCCGCCUGGACUCUUAAUAAUUUAAGAUAGAAAAGUCUUAAAACUUACAUUAACCUUAAAACUCGAUGCUUGUAGAUAAAACUAAUCAAAGUCUCGUGGCAAGAGGCAGUCUCUGAAUUGCGUAAAAGUAUGAGAAAAUUUUCUGCGGAGUGAAAUUUGCUGCCAGACAUUGGUCAAAUUUUAGUCUGAAUUUAUCCUCUAUUUUUCGAUGCCAAAACCAACACGUCUGGAAUUGUCUAUCUUCAAGAAUUUGUUGGUGUGCUUGGUUGAAUGGUUCCAUUCCAUUUUAUCUUUGCAGCGUGACCAGAAUAAUCGGUGUUCUGGUCCAGGUUCUCGCGCUAAUUCUCCACUCGGCAUGUUCAUCAAAUAGAAAGAAUGACUUUGUACACAGCAACAGAAAUAUCAUUUGCGUCCGUCUUUGGUGUAGUGUUAAUUUGUAUGAUUGAAUAUCCGUGAAAUACGCUCGCUUAUUCUUUUGCACUGUUAAAGAUUGAAUUAAACGUUUGGCAA